GACUGCGGACUUCCGAAGCGCCUGUCACUCAGUGGGCUGUGACCAUCAGGACACCCCGCUCGGUCUCGCCUGCUGCACCGACGCGCGCCGGCAUGACGGGCUCACUGUUCAAGGGAAACUUUUGGAGCUCUGACAUCCUCAGCACCGUGGGCUAUGACAGCAUCAUCCACCAUCUGAACAAUGGCCGCAAAAACUGCAAAGAGUUUGAAGACUUUUUAAAAGAAAGGGCAUCGAUUGAAGAGAAAUAUGGCAAAGAUCUACUCAGUCUCUCCAAGAAGAAGCCAUGUGGACAAUCUGAGAUCAACACCCUGAAGCGGGCCCUUGAAGUCUUCAAGCAGCAAGUCGACAGUGUGGCCCAAUGUCACAUUCAGCUUGCACAAACUCUAAGAGAAGAGGCCAAGAAGAUGGAAGAAUUCAGGGAAAAGCAAAAGCUACAACGGAAAAAGACAGAGCUCAUAAUGGAUGCUGCUCAUAAACAAAGAAACUUACAGUUCAAGAAAACAAUGGAUGCAAAGAAGAACUAUGAACAGAAAUGCCGAGAUAAAGAUGAGGCUGAGCAAGCCGUCCACCGGAGUGCCAAUGCGGUAAACCCAAAACAACAAGAAAAGCUUUUUGUGAAACUAGCCACUUCAAAGUCUGCAGUGGAGGACUCAGACAAAGUGUAUAUGCAGCACAUCAACACACUGGACAAGGUCCGAGAAGACUGGCAGAGCGAGCACAUCAAGGCGUGUGAGGUGUUUGAAGCUCAAGAAUGUGAACGAAUAAACUUCUUCCGGAAUGCAUUGUGGUUACAUGUGAAUCAGCUGUCACAACAGUGUGUCACAAGUGAUGAGAUGUAUGAACAAGUCCGCAAGAGUUUAGAAAUGUGCAGCAUUGAGAAGGACAUCCAGUAUUUUGUGAACCAACGAAAAACUGGACAGAUUCCACCAGCACCCAUCAUGUAUGAGAAUUUCUACAGCCCACAGCGGAAUGCUGCCGCACCAGGAAAGGCUACAGGGCCUAACUUGGCAAGGAGAGGACCUCUCCCAAUUCCGAAAAGUUUACCAGAUGACCCUGAUUAUUCUUUGGUUGAUGACUACAGUUUGCUCUAUCAGUAACAUCAAUGGAAAGAAAGCUUUUUCCAGCUUAGUGCUUUUGUGGCAUGGAAAGAGGCAACCAGAGCAGCAGAAUCUUAGCCAAAUCAUGAAGACUUUGAUGUGAACCCUUGCUGUAAUUUUUUGAUAUGUUAAAUUUAUCGUAGACAUUGAGUUCAACUUAACUAAAGCUCUAUAAUUGUUUGGCAAAGUCUACAAAUUGCCCCAGACUGAAGACUUAUUCCUUUCCUAGCCAAUUAGUUAAGUUGUGGAUGAGUUAGUUCUGUUUCCUAGUUGGAAGCAGAAGCAUCCUUGAAUUCUAAGUAUUGGCUCUUGAUGGGCCAGAGGUACUGUAGAGGAGGCUGAACCAUCAGCUGUGGAAGAAACAGCUUAGGCUUUGGGAAGCAAAACUGUGGAAUAUCCACAGGGACACACUCUCAGCAUGCAAGAUUUUAAAAUCACCUUUUCAGCUGGAUGCCAGUGGCUCACACCUGUAAUCCUAGCUACUCGGGAGGCUGAGAUCUGAGGAUCAUGGUUUAAAACCAGUCUGGGAAAGAAAGUCUAUGAGACCUUAUGUACAAUUA